CCAGUUGUAACUCAGCAGUAUCAUAGAUUGUUAGUUUUGCUUCAGCAAUAUGGUGAAAGCAUUAGUAACCGCGAUUGUUUGCAUUUUUAUGCAACUAAUUUGUUAUUCAAGUGCAGUGGAAGAUUCUGUUGUUCCAGAAGCCAAGGAAUAUGGUGACGUAAUACUAACGACAGCUCUUGGAAAAGUUCGCGGUACUUAUCUCACGUCGAGUUCGGGAAGAACAUUUUAUGCCUUCCGGGGCAUACCUUAUGCAAAACCUCCAGUCGGUGACUUGCGAUUCAAAGCUCCUCAACCAAUUGACCAAUGGAACGGGAUACUAAAUGCAACACAAGAUGGUCCCAUGUGUCCUCAGCCAACAAUCGAACCAAAGGAUGUUUCUGAAGACUGUCUUUUUCUCAACAUAUAUAGUCAUGCUUUGUCUACGGAAAAAAAUGGAGAGGUUAGAACACCAGUAAUCGUCUAUUUACACCCUGGAGGGUUCUACUCGCUUUCUGGUCAAAGCAAGAAUUUCGCAGGACCCAAAUAUCUUAUGGAUCGCAACAUUGUUCUCGUAACGCUCAACUACCGUCUGGGAUCAUUGGGAUUUUUAAGUACAGGAACACCUGAGGCCCCGGGAAAUGCUGGAUUCAAAGAUCAAGUUAUGGCUCUUAAGUGGGUCAAGCUACAUAUUGCUCGAUUCGGAGGUGAUCCAAACUCAAUUACGCUUCUAGGGUAUAGCGCAGGUGCGGUGAGUGCUACGUUGCAUAUGGUUUCUCCCAUGUCAAGGCAUUUGUUCCAUAAAGCAAUCAUCAUGAGUGGUUCGUCGACAGCUCAAGGGCCUGUUGUUUCUGACCAGCUUCAUCUGGCUAAACGGCAAGCACGCUUACUCAAUUGUACCGACGAAUCGAUCAGAGAAAUGAUGGAUUGCCUGUCGACAAAAGACGCAAUAGACUUUGGAAAUACUUUGGUGGACAUGUUUGAAUUUGGCGGCGGUCCGAUAGCCUUAUUUGCCCCAGUCGUUGAACCUGACUUCGGGCAAGAACGAUUCCUAACAGACGAUCCCACAAAACUAUUCCAAAGGGGCCGCUUCAUGCGAAUACCAGUUAUUGCGGGAAUCACGAAAGACGAAUUUGUGGGUCCAGCUAUUUAUACCUUAAGAAAUGCUACACUGCGCAAUAAAUUAGAUUCCGACUUGAACGUUUGGGCACCUGUAAACUUCCUGUAUGAGAAGAACUCCAAACGAUCUAAUGAAAUAUCCACUAAGCUUCGUAAUUUCUACCUUGGGGACAGCCCCUUAAGUCUAAAUGGAUCCCUUGAUGGAUUAGCUAAACUCUACGCUGAUGCAAUUAUAGGGUUUCCCAUGCACAGAUUCGUUCAUUUGGCAGCACGAUUUACACGAGUGUAUCAAUAUCGCUUUUCUUAUCAAGGGAGAUUUAGUCACACUUACUUUCCCAAAAAGGACACGCCAUAUGGUGUGGUACAUCACGACGACCUACUUUACCUCCUAACUGGACCCUAUAUUGCUCCUAUAUUCAGGGAAACUGAUCCAGAAAGAAUUACUGUUGAACGGUUGACACGAAUGUGGGCUUCCUUUGCGUACAGAGGUGACCCGAACAAACCAGCAGAUGAAUACUUGAGAGACAUUCGAUGGAGACAAUUCGGAUUUAGGCGGGAGCAGUACUUAGAUAUUGGCAGGGAUCUCGUUAUGAAAGAACAUCUCUACAGUGAUCGUUAUAGUUUCUGGAAGGACCUAUUCCCACUACAAUGGGGCAACCGCCGUAACCGCUUACGUGAUAGUUCCAGCGAAGAAUCAAAUGAAGAUUAUCCUGAACCGGACAGCUCCGAAGAGGAUCGUUACUAUUCAUAGAAUUACAAUAAUUGGAUGAGUGUUAAAUUUAGGGCAGUUUAUUUAUUUAUUUUAUUUCCAAUUGACACAUUAGAAAAUAAAAUUAUUUGUUUUGUUGCAUUAUCGAACAAA